CGGGCCGGGACGUCACAUCCGGGGCGAGCCCGGAGGCGGGCCCGGGGCGGGCGGAGGUGCCGCUGCUGCUGUCGGGCCAUUGCGCUAUGGCGAUUUUCAGCGUCUACGUGGUGAACAAGGCUGGCGGCCUCAUUUACCAGCUGGACCACUACGCGCCCCGCGCCGACACCGAGAAGACAUUCAGCUUUCCGCUCGAUCUUGUCCUGCGCCUGCACGACGAGCGCGUCGUGGUCGCCUUCGGGCAGCGGGACGGCAUCCGCGUGGGUCACGCCGUGCUUGCCAUCAACGGCGCCGAGGUCAACGGUCGCUUCACGGCGGACGGGAAGGACGUGCUGGAGUUCCUGGGAAACCCCGCCAACUACCCCGUGUCCAUCCGCUUUGGCCGCCACCGGCUCUCCUCCAACGAGAAGCUUAUGCUGGCCUCCAUGUUCCACUCGCUGUUCGCCAUCGGGUCACAGCUGUCACCCGAAGUUGGGAGCUCCGGGAUCGAGAUGCUGGAGACCGACACCUUCAAGCUGCACUGCUUCCAGACACUGACAGGGAUCAAAUUCAUGGUUCUUGCUGACCCACGGCAGACAGGGAUAGACGCUCUUCUCCGCAAAAUCUAUGAGAUUUACUCAGACUUCGCCCUGAAGAAUCCUUUCUACUCCCUGGAGAUGCCAAUAAGGUGCGAGUUGUUUGAUCAGAACUUGAAGCUUGCUCUGGAGGUGGCAGAGAAAGCUGGACCCUUUGGACCUGGAUCAUAGAGAAAGCCUCAUCUGUUGUACAGAUUAAUUCAUCUGAAGAGUGGGGCCUCUCUCUUCCCUGGCUGGCCACUCACAAAGCUCCCCUCUCCACAGCAGAGACUGCACAUCCCCAAAACAUGCUUCAGUAUCUCCCAAAAUACUGGUUUAUCCUCUUUGCUACAAAACUUACCUUAAACAGAUUCCUCAGCACUGUUUACAUUGGGCCACAGGACCUAUUUUGCUGUUGCAGCUCUGCUGCACUUGGGUGAAGAAGGUGCAGGUCUGUGGCCUUACCAGAGUCAGUGCUUUUCUUUCCUGUCAUAAAUGUACAUAGGUAUUUUUCCUGUAUAGCUGUAACUUAUGGUCUUGCAGAGGGUUUCUGUAUAGAAGUAAUAAGUGUUUACUAAUGAGGCAAA